AUGAUCGGAGGCAGCAGUGCCGCUUCCAUCCGCAAAGUGACUGUGAUGAGCGCAACAUGCCAGGGAGCGUCCGGUCCAUUUCCCAACCCCAACAGCUGCAGGAGCUUCCUACAGUGUGAGCCAUCAGGCGCAGCCACGGUCAUCCCGUGCCCAGCAAACCUCGAGUUCAGUCCAAAGCUGAGGGUGUGCGACUACCCAGAGAGAGCUGGCUGUUCUUCAUCCUCGUCUGCUCCUGCUGACGACGACAAUGGCAAUGAAACUGGUGGUGGCUCAAACGAUAGUGGAGUUUCACCUGCGCCACCAUCUGACGACGUCCCCACUUGUCCAGCAUGGAAUCCAGAUGACGUCACCCAGCUUCCCAAUCCAAAGGACUGCAGCAGCUUCUACAAGUGUGACGAGAACGGCGUUGCCUGGCUUAUUCCAUGCCCAGCCGGCCUAGAGUACAAUGCAGAGCUAAGGGUGUGUGACUACCCAGAAAAUGCUGGUUGCUCGACUUCGUCCUCACCAAGCAACCCGCCUGAUGAUACUCCUUCCGAGGGAGAGCAGGAUGACGGAAAUUCAGAGGGAGGCAGUGACAUAAAUCCACAAGCACCAACUGGAGAUGUUCCCAGUUGUCCAGCAUGGAAUCCAGAGGAUGUCACCCAGCAUCCUAAUCCCAGUGAUUGCAGCUCCUUCUACAAGUGUGACGAGAAUGGUGUGGCUUGGCUCAUACCAUGCCCAGCUGGUCUUGAAUACAAUGCCAAGCUGCGAGUCUGUGAUUAUCCUCAAAGUGCUGGCUGCUCAUCAUCAGCUGUUCCAAGUAACCCAUCUGGUGACGAAUCCUCUGAUGGCGAUCAGAACAACGGAAAUGCUGACUCUGGUAACGGAGAAAGCCCACAGCGACCACCUGGAGAUGCUCCCACCUGUCCAGCAUGGAAUCCAAAUGACGUCACCCAACUGCCUAACCCCAGUGACUGUAACAGCUUCUACAAGUGCGACGAGAACGGUGUGGCGUGGUUGAUCCCGUGCCCAGCUGGCCUGCAGUACAACGCCGAGCUGAGGAUGAAUUCAACAGUUCAGGGAGCGUCCGGCCCGUUUCGGAACCCAAACAGCUGCAGAAGCUUCCUGCAGUGUGAGCCGUCAGCCAUGGCAAAAGUCAUCACGUGCCCAGCAAAUCUCGAUUUCAAUCCGCAGCUGACGGUGUCUGACUUCCCAGACAGAGCUGGCUGA